CCAGCAGCCCCACGUGCCUCUCUCACGUGACACCCAUCCUCUUAUUUAUCUACUCCAAUCCCCACUCUUCUAACUCCUCCUCCUCCUCCACUUCCUCCCAAAUGGCUCAUCAAUGGCUCCCCGAUUCCACCCUUGUCCCCGCCGCCACUACUCCGCCGCCCUCAUCCGAUGGGGUCCGUGUCGCCAAGCCGGUCCGGAAGCGCUCCAGAGCCUCUAGACGAACCCCAACCACUUUACUCAACACCGACGCUGCCAAUUUCCGAGCCAUGGUCCAGCACUUCACUGGCGGCCCUUCCCAUACCCUCCACAAUUUCGCCGCAUUCGACCCAACUCCCGCUGCCUACCAUCUCCAACAACCGCCGUAUCUCUUCCCGUUCCAGAACCACCCUCCGCCGCACCAACCGCCCUUCAUGUUCUCCGCCGGUGAGGGGUUUUUUCAUGAGGAGUCGAGGAGUAAUAAUAGUAAUGUUGAUUACAUGGGGCUGUAUGAUGGGUCCUCUCUGGCGGCUCAGAAUCAUCGCCCGGCGUAACUCCGGCACGGCGGCCGGAUUCGACGGUAGCUUUUUUUUUUUUUUUUUUUUUUUUUUUGG